AUGCUGCUCCGUCAACCUUACACAUCUCCACCUCCAGAUGCUCGUCCGGAUCCAGUAACGAUAGCAAUGUCCAAAGUCCCGCCGUCGCAGGCAGAUACGGAAGACCUCAAUAAUCCGAAGCUGAACGUCUCAUGCCUCGACUUCCUGCUCAUCGAACUCGUCCCACUGGCACAACGGAUUACAGACCAGUUACAUGCACGAGAACAAGCAUUGGUAGACGAGUUCAAGAGAUCGAAGAUUUUUCACAAGGAUGCUGUUGUUGCGAACACGCCGAAAGGCCAGGAGAGGGAGAGUAACGCGCCAACAGUCACAGUGACAGAUGGGACAAGUGCGAGCUCCGUCAAGGACUCUUCUACAGCAGAUGGCAUGCGGUCCACAGCGCUGGGAGCAGCGACAGUGAUGGAUGAUGAGACACGAGAGGCGGUUUUCUGGCGCCUGGAUGGCCUAGGAUACAGGGUUGGGCAAGGCCUGGUAGAGCGCUUCUCGGCCGGCAAGCCUCGACCAACAACACCGCUCGAAGCUAUCAAGUUCAUCUGCAAGGACCUAUGGCAACUACUGUUCCGGAAGCAGAUUGACAACCUCAAGACGAAUCACCGAGGCGUAUUCGUCCUGACCGACUCCCGCUUCCAGCCUAUAUCUCGCAUGAGCGUAGAUCGAAGAGCAGGCCCCAAAGCAGCAGAGGAUGCGCUACGACGGGCACAGAUAUACCUCUACUUCCCCCGUGGCGUCAUCAGAGGUGCGCUACAAGGCCUUGGCGUAGAUGUCACGAUAACAGCAGAGACGACAGAGAUACCCAGCGCCACAUUCCAGAUCAAGACGAAAGGUGCCAAGGCAUGA